CAGCUUUCUGUGCAGCCAAUGAGGAAGUUCUGUGGGUGAAAAAUAACCCUUUUUAGCUUCUUCCCGAGCACAAACUCCACUAAACCAACUGCAAGAAGGUCCAUUCUGGUGGAGGUGCCUCGUUCUCUUGUUGGCUAAUGGUGGCCAGGACUUGGGUUUGCUGGAGAACUUUCCCUACGUCAUGGAGUCCUUUCUAAGGGAACAUUUACCCUGCUUUAACUGCCUUUGGGACAGGAUCUGGCCUCCUAAACGCUCUGGGGUAUAUGUGUCCACAGUUGAUUUAGUUAUCCAGGAUAAUUACCCCUCCAGGACAGACAGAGUCACAGCCCUGUACAGUUUUAAUGCUCGGAGUACCCAUGAGCUGACAAUUGAGCAGGGUGAAGAGCUCUGCAUGAUAAGUGAUGAAGGUGAAUACAUCUUGGCCAGGAAACUAACAGGCAACAUGGAAAGUGGGUUGGUUCCGGCCUCCUACGUGGCCCAGUCCAGUCUCCCAGGGGGUCACUACACCAUCCAGGAACCUUGGUACAUGGAAGUGGCGAGUCGCAAUGAUGCUGAAAGGCUUCUCUUUAGCUCUCCGAAUGCCCAUGGCUCGUUCCUUGUGCGCCCCAGUGAUAGCACCCCCGGGCAUUACUCACUAUCUGUGCGCAACGAGGACAAAGUCUCCCACUUCUGCAUCAGCGUCAGUCCCGGGGGGCAGUUUUAUAUUCAGAAUGAAAAAGUCUUUGCCUCCAUUGAGAAACUCGUCAACUUCUAUAAAACAAACUGGAAACUCAUCAAAAGUCCAUUGCUCAAGCCUUGCGUGUGGGUUGCCUAUCAGAGAGACCAGUGGGAAAGGCCUCGCAGUGAGUUCAAGCUGGUUAGGCAACUGGGAGCAGGGAAUUUCGGAGAAGUAUGGGAAGGCCUCUGGAAUAACAAGGAUAAAGUGGCCAUAAAGACCUUCAAACAAGACAACAUCAACGAGAGUGAUUUUAAGAAGGAGGUCAAUGCCCUCAAGACCUUGUGUCACAAGAACCUGAUCCAACUUUAUGCAGUUUGCUCAGUAGGAGAACCGGUCUAUAUAGUCACUGAGCUCAUGUCUAAAGGAAGCCUCCUGCAGUUCCUGAGAGGUACCGAAGGACGACAUUUAACAGCCGGUAGUUUCAUGCACAUCAUCUCUCAGGUGGCAGAGGGGAUGGUGUUUCUGGAGAAGGAGCAUGUUGUCCAUCGAGACUUGGCCGCCCGCAACGUGCUUGUGGGGGAGAAAUUGGUGUGCAAGGUGGCGGAUUUUGGGUUGGCCAGAAUACUCAAGGAUGAUUUAUACUCACUGCAAGGAAACAUCAAGAUCCCAAUUAAAUGGACUGCCCCUGAGGUGCUGACACGCAGCAUAUACUCUACAAAGUCUGAUGUUUGGUCAUAUGGCAUUGUCAUGUAUGAAGUCUACAUGUUGGGACAGAUGCCCUACCAAGGUGAGCCCCAAAAUACAAAAGGAACCAACAUAUUCAACCAGGCAAGAAGGAUUUUCAAGGAAAGUCUCCUCCUGGGUGUCCCAUGUUCUCCCAAUGCAGCCCCGGCAGAAGUUAUGGCCACAGGGCAGGGUAACGGGAUCAGUAUAAACGUCUUUACAAAUGGAGCAGCUCAGCUCGUCUCUCAGAUCCGCAGCCGCCAUCGCUGA